UCUUUUUUUCUUUCCAGUUUAAUUUCUAGUAUGCUGAUCAGAGAACCAAACCAACGUGCUAGUCUGGAACAAAUAAUGAACCACGCAUGGUUGAAAAGUGGAGAUGUUCCCUACUCAAACAUAAGUGUCACUAUACCUCUGCUGUCUCGAAGCCUCGUCUCUGCCGAUGACCAUACAUACAUCGUGGAACGCAUGAUUGAAGGCAGAAUGGCAACUAAAGAAGAAAUCGCAUUAUCACUGGAAAAAGAUUCUUAUGAUCACAUUGCUGCUACGUAUUACCUCAUGAUAGAACGCAGGUUGAAAGCCAAGCAGGCAGAGACAUCUGCGUCAACCCCAGUGGGGAAAUCAGCUAAUGCUUACCAAAUUCGUAAGAAUUCAGCACCAGCUGAUGGGAAACCCCACUUAGAACCACUUGCCCUUUCUCCUCGAUCUUUUGGCUUGAAUGGAAUUGAUUCCUGUUACAGCAAACCAAUUCUGGCGAAGAAGACAAAAACAGCCCCCCUAGAGAUAGGCAAUGGCAACAGCUUACCACAAAACAUGGGCGGACACUCACCCUGCGACGCCUCCGCCAUUUACUUCAAGAGCCUUACUAUAAGUAUGACACUCGACCGCAAAACUAGUGGCAAGAAAAACUCAGUGGCUGGGGGCCCGUAUAGUAAAGGCUCCAAAGCUCCCCUGCCUCCGGAGACCAUCCCCACUCCCCUGCCUUGUGACAGUGGUGAUGCCCCCUCGUCAACCGAAAAGGCCAGGAAACAAUUCAAACUGUCUAAGAUAGCAAUUUUGAGCUCACUUUUUGAGAAGAAGAGCACGGAAAAGCCGAAAGUCUCUUUUGAUGACAAAGAGAAAUCGAAGAAGCCGAAAUUCCUGAAGAAGAUUACUAGCGGCAUCCAAAUAAAAGAUGAUGACCCUGGGAACUUGAAACACAGCAUUGUGCAGACACUGGUGUCUCCGCCGGGAACAUUGCCAUCGCCAUCAUGCCGCAACCCUUCCAGUCCCCAGAAAACUAGCUUCAACAGGAAAUGUAGCCUGAUCAAAGAGGAGUUGGGAGAUGAUGAUGGAGUGGCCAGCGGGGGGAGUGAAGAGGUCGAAGUGAAGGCAACUCGAUCAGUUGAAAAUUUGUUGGAGUCGAAAAAGAGGGCCGUAGCAUCUGACCCGAUUUAUCAGAUGGACUCCACAUCUGUUCGUCGAGCCCUACACUCCGUGGCUAGCUCUCCUCAAUUACUCAAUCAGAUCUCAGAGGAAAGGGAAUCAGAUGAAGAAGAAGAAAUAUCCGUGUUGCCUUCGUCUGCCUCCAAGACGCUUCACCGAAGCAUGUACAGUUGCCGGCCAAACUUAACUUCUGCCGAGAUGCGCAAGUAUGAGCAGCACAAAAAGCGCAGGGGUACAGGGCAACGGGGCACUAGCUGUAGCAGUUCCGAUGCCAGCGACACAGAGGAGACAGAGAACAUUGCUCGCAAAGACAAACUGAAGCAUAAGUUUGCUACUCGUCGAGACAGCAGCGAUCAUUCUAGUGACAAUGACGGGCCGGGGGGCCUCAGUGCACCAUCGGGGGGCAGUCGUUCGGUUGGACGCAGUAGCAGCAGCAGCACUAGAGGGGAGAGCAAGCAGGGCAGCAAGGGCAGCGACAACAACCACCAAGACAAAUCGUCUGAAAAGAAAGGUCAGAAGGGAUCGGGUGGCAAGAGCUCGAGGGCAAACACAACAACCACCAGUUACAGGAACUGUAGUGAUGGCAACAGUAGCAGCAGCAGCAGCAGCAGCAGCACCACCAAACAGCAGUCGUGUCAUCUGAAUGGGGCAACUGGAUGCUGUUCACAGUUAAUUGAAAAUUUGUGUGAAACGAAGCAGACGGGACAUAACUUUUCGAAAUUGUGUCUCGAAGAUAGGCAGAGCCUUCUUGAGCAGGAUAGUAAAAGGUCCAAAACCAAUAAUCAAAAGGACUUGGAUGUGAAUCUGUUGAACAAACUCAACUCUCACAUUUGGGAAGUGAAGUCUCGUAACAAUAGUGAUUACAAAGAAAUCAAGCAAUCGGCUAAGAUAACACCGGAUGAGAUCUUAUCGAUGUGUUCUUCGGACUGUAACUUGCAUAUACGGAAAGGAAAGAGGUUUGGACGACGGAUCAAGACCGAUAUCAAUCGGAAUGGCUUGAAGCCGAGCAUGUGUAAGCUAUCAAGUUCUUCCAAGGCUAGCCAUUCUAUCAAACUAGAGACAAAAUGUUGCUCACUUGUGUAAAAUAUUAAAAAAAAAAAAAGACAAUAACAACAAAAA